AUGGCGACACUCGGUGCUCUGCCCGUGGCAGUCGUAGCAGCUCAAGCCAAGUGCUGGGCGGCGGCCGCGGCAGCCACAGCGUUUGUGCCCCCCGUCUGCUUCGAUGCGGAGUGUGCCGCAGGGGCGGAUGCAGCGUUCCUCACGGCGGUCAGCCUCCCGCUGGUGGCGGCGUUGGCGGUGGGCGCCUGGGUGCUGCGGCCGCCCCCCAAAGAGCUCCUGGACAGCGGGCGGCUGUUUGAGGAUCCCAAGACAGGCACCAUGUUCGAGGCCCCCGAGGGCGUGAGCCCGGAGGUCGAUAAAAACGACCUGCUGGCGUUCAAGCCCAUCUCAUACACGCCCUGGCCGGUCGCGAGCGACGCCCCGGGCGAGCGCGUGCGCGUGGGCGUAGGGAAGGUCGGCGCCACAGAGCCACGGACGUUUGUGUUUGAGAAGCUGCUGCCGGGGCCCAGCCAGAUCGUGUGCGUCACGCUGCCGCGGCCCCUGGGCGUCGUCUUCGAGUUCGACGAGCGGCGGAAGCGGGCCUCGGUGGCGGGGUUUGUGGAGGGCAGCAAUGCGGAGCAGCGGCAGAAGGUGGCGCGGCUGAAUAAGGUCAAGGAAGCAGAAGCUGCACUGGAGGGGGACGUCCUCCGGGCCUUCACUUGCACGUGCCCCGUGUGGCCGACCAAGGCGCUCUUUGGGGCGGUCGCGCCAGAGCGCCACUUAGUUGUCUACGGCGCAGACAAGGGGAAGUGGGGCGCGAUCCGGACUGCGCUGCGGCGAGGGACGUACCGGGAUGGCCCCGUGACGCUAGUGUUGGAGCGGCGAGUUGUUGAACCAUGA